AUGACUAAUACCUUACUCUCUCCGAAGUCAUCUUUAGGCGCCUGCCGUGGAGGGCUUAUGCCUCCUCUACCAUUGUCGUUCUCGAAUCUGGGUCCUACAUGGCAAGGAGCUAGCUGCGCCUCGAAGGAUAAUUUCGUUACAGACCGGAAAGCACCUGUCGGCUGCUGUCGCGAUACACUUCCUGAUCUUAUGAUUUUUCUCCUACCAACCUGGAUUUCCGACCUCCACAGCAAAAAGACGUUAAUCGAACUGUGCGAAGCGAAUGUCCAUGAUUGGGGAAAGUCUAUGAUCAAGAUCCAAUUGACGCCAGGAUGGGGCUUGCCCUGGCUUGAAGUUGACGUCUAUGAAUUCAAGCCGAGUAAUCCUGAAUUGUUACGGCAAUUCCAACACCUCAAGGAUGCAAAAACGGGCCAAAACAUGCGUGUAGGAAAGGCUUCGCCUCCACUUGGGCUACAGAACAUUGAUUAUAUCGAGGAUGAGACCAAAUAUGACACUCACGUCAAACAGAUCGCUGCUCAUUUCAUGCCCAUCUUUGUCGGACGUUACUAUGCGGGUGAAAAGGAAGAAAUUACUGACGGAAGUUUACUACCUCAUCAUCACCACCUAUAUUGUUGCACACACUUUGACCAUACCUGA